CAUGAAGGCUGCAUUGAAUGAUGUAAGCACCGAGUUCCUCACCACAUUCGGGAUCGUUGAAGCGACGUACGAGAAGGAGGUGUAGUAACAUAGCCGGAAACAAUAUUAAAUUGCACGCUGCCUUUCGGCUGGCGAUAAUCGAUGCUCGACCAGGAAAAUGGUAACGACAAGCUGCGCGAGAUUGACCACAUCUCUCGACUUGAAAAUAGACACACGGUGAGCCUGAAAGGAUAUAUGAGGUGUCGAAUUCGACGCAAACAAGAGAACUUUAUCAUCUCCUGUCUCUCCUCCAUUACAUCCUUCUCUACCGUUCGCAUUCCUCGCCUCAGCAAACGAGAUCAUAACCAUUGCUUGCUCAACUCGCAACAAUCAUGGCUACUUCUAAGAUCGCCACCGCCGGCCCAACUGGAGACCUCAUCACCUUCGGUCAAGAGCCGAAUAGUGGUUACCCUCGAGCCAUUACCACAAGCGACGGCACCCUCCUCGCCACAUACCGCUGGAACGACGACACGAUCAUGAAAAUCGUCGUCAAAUCAAGCCAGGACCAAGGAGCCACCUGGACCGAUCCCGUGGACGUAAUUUCCUGGGCCCGGGCGAAGUCCGACCUGAACAACCCGUUCCUCUUCCAAAGAUCCUCCGGCGAGCUCCUCUGCGCGUACAAGCGAUAUCUGUACGACAACGGAGCCCUCUGGCAGAUUAAUCUGGACGUCAGCCAGAGCACAGACGGAGGCAAGUCCUGGUCACGGAUCGGGUCUAUUGUGAGCGAGCCCAACGAGGCCAUCUUGGGCGAGUGGGAGCCGUUUCUGCGCGAAGCAUCCGAUGGGACGCUUGAGGCGUACUACGCGCAUGAGUUCAACGGCGCGGAUCAAGACGUCGUGAAGCGCACCUCUACCGACGGCGGCGCGAACUGGAGUGAUAUCACGACCGUUGCUGGCGCAGGCCUCACAGACGAACGCGACGGUAUGCCGCAAGUCGUCGCUCUCGAGGACGGCACGCUGAUGCUCGUCUACGAGAGCAAUUCCGGGAGCCGCGGCUCCGAACGACCGAUCAGGGUAUGGGCGUCGACCUCUUCGGACGGAGGCGCGACCUGGGUGGAUCCUCACAUCAUCUUCGACCCUGGACAGGGGCAGGCGGGCGGCCCUGGGAUUGUGAAUGUGCCCGGGCUGCUUGUGGUUAGCUUCAUGACGAAUCAGGACCAGCCGGAUGGUGAUUAUAGUGACCCGACGCUUCAGUAUGUGGACAUGAAAGUUAUCACGAGUGGGGAUGGAGGGGCGACGUGGAGUCCGCCUACGAAGGUUAUUCCGCAGGCGGGCUGGGGUGGGGUUACGGCGGUGGAGGGGGGCGUUAUGGUGCUGGCGGCGACGCAUGACCAGACUGUUGUGAUGCAGAAGUUUACUUGAGGCCUCCACGAGGUAGCCGAAUCAAAAUGAAUGCAGG